CAGUGAUGAAAGCUUUAACAUUUAAGAGCAGCUGGUUACAGGAAAUCGCCCAGUUUAAUGAAAAUGCUGGAUGGAUUGCAGACCAUCUCAUCUGUGAGCUGUGAUUAAUCUGCCAUAAUAUAUCUCAAUAUAUUUACAAUACAGUUUGGGCAUAUUGAGAGAAUUAUAGAAUUGCCAAGUCAAGAGUAUGGUUAUUGGCAGGAAACGGAUAACAUAUAUAUAUUUUUCAUAUGGAUUUCAGAGGGAUUAAAAAAUGAAAUCUUUGGAAAUAGCAAUGAAAUGGAUGGACCAAUGGAUUCAAAGAUGAAAUUUAGAAAUUAUUCCCCACACACCAUAAAGCAGAAAAGAGGUCAUCAUUACUAUUAUCAAAAGGGAGUUUCGUUCUAUGGUAUUCUUUUGUUUAUUGUCCUUCUGUUGUCUGGUCUUACAGCUCUUUCAAUAUAUACUGUAAUUGGACUGAAAACAGAAUUUGCUAAUCUGCAGGCAGAGUUGAGGUCAUACAGAAAUCGUGUGAUUAAAACCCAAGAAGAUAGUGCUGGCUUUCAUACUACAUUGCAGGAAACUCAACAGGUAAGUUUGCACUGUUGGCAUAGUAACGUGAGGUUAUGUACAAACAGUAUAUCUGGGGCAACAUUUUAAAAGUGGAGUGCUCACCAUGGAAACAAUGGAAUGUUCCUGCCGAUUGCUCCAUUUUUAGAAUGUCAUCACAUAAUUAUUAUAUAUACAACCCCUAUUGUUUUCUUUUCCACUUAUUGUUUCUUUCUGAGCUCUUAGUAUGUAUGGACAUAAUUAUUGAAUAUAGUUAAAAAAAAAAAAAAAAUUGAUAUUAAAUUGUAUUUACAUUUCCAUUAACCAUGAAAACACAAUGAUCUAUAUGCUAUAUUUAAAUAGUUAUGUCAUGGUAUUUUCUAUGGUAUUUAAUUUCUAUGGUACAAAAUUAAAGCAAACCUGGCUUCCACCAAUAGUGUGAAUGAUGUUUUCUUCAGGUAGGUAGAAUUAAUUUGUACAUUGUGCCAGUGAAAUUGUCAGCAAAUGUGUAGAUAAAGCAAUGUACUUAUUUGAAGAUUCCUUUUCCAACAUCAUGGCAUACUGCUAUGGAGGUUGUGGAAUUUUACUGUUUCAGGAGGGAUACAUGUGCCAUAGCUGUAAAAACGACAGUGACUAGCAUGUUUGCUUGCACAAUCUGUACCUUUACUUUAAUACUCUAUAAUGCUGCACUUUAAGAAACUAUCCACUGUGGAAUUGUAUUUGUAACAGUAACUAUCCACUUUCAUUGUCUACUGCUCAACACUAUGAGGUUUAUUCACUAAUAUUAAACUCAAAAUUGUAACAAAUUGAACACCAAACAGCAACUUUUAGGCUAAAAUAGCUGUUUUGUAGUUUUUCUUUUAAUUCCCUAAUGCUGCCAUAGUAACAAUUUUAGUCUUAGAUUUUAAUUCAAAAAAUUGUUGUUAAAUGAAUAAACCCCUAUGCAGAGGCAUAACCAGAAACCAUGGGGUCCCGGUGCAAAAAGUGCCUUGGGGUCCUCCCAUAUAUCUGCCCCUCACCCCAUACGCCCCCGCCCCCCAUAGAUCUACCCCCACCUCAUACGUCCCCGGCCCCCACACAUGCAGAUAAACAGAUACACAUACACACAAACACACAGAGACAUACAAACACAGACACACACAAACACACACACACACACAGACAUGUAGACACACACACAUACAUACAUACACACACACAUGCACACAUACAUACAUACAUACAUACAAACAAACACACACAUAAAUAGAUAGACACACAUACACACACAGACACACACACACAGAUAUAAUGAUACAGACAUUCUCAAUAACACACAUACAAACUGUUAAAAAAAAUUUAGUGACUUACCUGGGGUCCAGUGUCUGCCUCAUGCUCAUGGGAGUCAGAGCUCCCACUCUUACUCCCUUCUCUCCUCCUGCACGGCACUCUGUUUCCUGGGAGGAAGUGACAGCUGCGACCCCUGCCACCGCGGUAGUUCCGUCAGUGCCCCUAUGCAUAUAUGUGUAAUGUAACACAAAGAAAUACAGGAAAAAGGCUGCGCCAAUAGUUAAACGGUACAAUAGUUCGUCUGAAUAGGUAGGGCAAUAUAACGUAGUUGGUCUCACUGAUAUGGUGGGACUAAAGUUCUGAUGGAGUAACUGAAGGUAAAGUCCGAUAAUGUUGAGGUCUCACUCAGAAGUAAGUAUCUUUAUAAGGUGCCUGUUUUUGGGUGUAGAGUCCUCAAUGUCCCUAGUGGUCCAACUGUCCCGCUUAUAUGUAAGACAAAAGCGAGGAGACCCAAUGGUGCAGUAUAUAAAAGCCAAUAUGGGUAAAAUAAACAAAUAUUUGCCAUCAACUCACAUUUAAAAGAGCUAUAGCCAGCUCUGAUGUGAGCUAGCUAUCACAAGGAUAUGUGAUGGGAGUCCUCCAGAGGGAUGGUAUCCGACACUCAGGAGAGGGAUAUAUAAAAGACAGCCAAUAGUGCUCUCUGUAGAAUAAAAUAUGCAGUAAACAUAAAUAAAAAUGUACUCACAAGUGAAGUGCAGGCAAACUGCACUGUGAUGUCAGCGUUGGUGGUAUGAACCCCACCUCGGAUAUACUUGGAGUCACACGAAGAUAAAAGGAAGCCAGGUUAAAAAUUCCAGAUAAAAAAAGUGCAUUAAAAAGAUGAUUGGCACAAAAUUGUAACCAAAAAGCCUUUUAUUUAAAAAAAUACACUAUCAAAAUAACCAUGAUGCGUUUCACCACUAGGGCUUUAUCAAGGGUUAGAGGUGCAAGGUAGAGGUGCAAUAUAUGUGCAAUGAUAUGUCAGAAUACACAAAUAAAAGGUUGUGAGGAGAGCUUGAGUAAGGACAGUGUCUACUAAGUAAAACUGGGAACUGCAUGCAAAUUAACACUAGAAACACAGAAAGUGAUACUAAACUUCCAGACAUUGCUUACUAAUUCACUUACUGAUACUAAUUGAGUAACCACAGAGAAGAAAGUUGUCUGCUAACCAUUGUUAAUAUUCCACUUAGUUAUUUCCUUAUAUAUCUUCAUCUUUUAAAGGAACAACAUACAUUUAUUUCUAAUACUAGAGUAUAACUUUCUUAAUUUUAGAUGUAGGACUCCCCACUGUGUCCUAAAAAAAUAGUUUGUCACCUCCAGUGGAGAGACCAUCUUCUCAUUGAGCUCUGCUCUGCCCCUGGGAAAUUAUCACUUGUGAAGCAGUGGAACACAGGGCACAUACACGUUGUUCCAGUCCUGAAGAAACAUUGAAACCAGUGCUUCGCUGUAAGAGGCCCUGACUGAACAAGUGUUCAAAGCGAGUAAGGAAAGAAACCUUACUGGCUCUAUGGUUGGCAGCCAGGUGUUACCAAGGAAUUAAUAAAGUGCAUAUUUCUCUUGAAUUCAGUGCUUCUGUAAAAUAUGACAAGGGGGCAUGGAUGCAUUGUUAACACCUCAUAGUUAGCACCCAGACCACUUCAAUGGGCUGAAGUGGUCUGGGUGCCUACAGUGUCCCUUUAAGUAGUCUAGGUUUGGAGUGCUCCUUUAAAUACACUGGUAAACUAUUAUACGGAAUUAAACUUUUGCACCAAAAUUCAAUAUAUACAUUUGUUUAACAAACUUUCAAAUAAGUUCAAAUUUAAAAAAAUAAAAGUGUCAACAGUGAAAAUUUUCAUUUUUAAAUUAGAUAAAGGCAAAAAAAUGCUCCAAAAACACUAUGAAAUCAAAGAAAAAGUUACCUGCGCUCUCUCCUAAAUCCCUAUGUAUAUUUAAAGAAAUGAGGUCAUAUGUUUAAAUAUACAUAGGGAUUUAGGAGAGAGCGCAGGUAACAUUUUUUAAUUGGUUUUUACUGUAUGUAUUGGGGCUGAUGUGUACUGUGGUCGUUGCUGCCACCCAGGAGUGAUGGGAGUGAGCGCAGGACCUGUUCUUUUGUAUUUGUAUCCAAAAACACUAUACAUUUUUUGUAGUGUGUUUGGUGCAAAGAGACUGUCCUUGCAGUCUAUCAUUUGUAAAUACUGGCAGUGUUUACAUUUGUCCCUAACGACACCUCUUGUGGCUGUCUUUGCAGGACCAACAUUUGAGAUUGUCACUCUCUGUAUGAACACUGAGUGCCAUUGGAUACCGCAGUUAUGUGAGGAGAUACUGAUUGGUGGAGUGCAGCCAUUGCUGCGCAUGCACAGUAGGACUCCAGUGUUUCUCUUUGGAGACACAUUGGAUAGACCAAUAUCAUUCAUAAUGAUGCUCUCAGCCAGGGGCGCAGCACUGGAAUGCAGAAGAAAAGUCUAGUGUUAGAGAUACAUGUUUGUACUUCUAAUAAUAGAGUGCUCUUAUAACAACAGUAUAUUGAGUAUUAAAAUUGGUUUCCAGAGUAUAUUGUUCACAAAAAAAUCACAAUGUACUUUUAAUGGUUUUGCAUUUUAAGAUUUAUUCUUUAAAAAUGGAACUGCUAUUUCUGGGUGAGGGGUCAAUAGUGCGUACGCAAUUAGCAUUGCUCUGAGCCAAGCUGUGCAAUCUUGGUCUUAAAUCGUCCACCUGUGCCCCUCUCAACAGCACUUAACUGAUCUGCUGACACUGACUCCUUUCCUCUGCCCGGUCAUAACUAGGCACAAGUAUACAUUCAAUACCAGAGGUCCUCCCCGGAGGUUCCAGACUCAGAUGCCACCAUUUGGGUUCCUGCCAUUUUGGCCAUUCAGCCACACUCUGCAUCUCCCCACAGGUGCACUCCCAGGCACCCGAUUGAUCAUCACCAGCUACAGCUGACAGCAGCAGCACCACUGACUGAAGGUAGGCCUGGAAUCCUAAAUUUUAUCUGCACAUUAUCACCAUGUGGCUUUCAAAUCCACUGUGCCACUAUAUCUACCAUUUUGCCCAGCACCCUCUCUGAAAGAAAUUCAAACAUCAUCUACUUGUGCUGCAAUCCUCCCUGGGCCCACAGUCCUACAAAUAGAUAUUUUUUUUGUAUAUACUUUCAUUAAUUUUUUUCUCAGUUCACUUUUGUUUCUUUCUUUUCUAACCACUGUAAACACCUUGAGAUACCUCUAAACUUUACUCUUUGGCCAGUUGCCCAUCUACCAUAUAGUAUUUCCCCAGGAUCCUUAUUUGAAUUGUAUGCUGUCUCAUGGCCUUGCUAUUAAUAUUGCAACUGCUCCUUGGUAACAACAGUGUUUCCUAAGUCCAAGAACUGUAAAUAUUUUCAUUUUAUUUUCAAGUUACAGAUUUCAACCUAGCCUGAAGCCACUUGUAGCUACAUUGAAAGUCCUCUUUCUUGGUACUACUUCAGCAGCUAUCCUCCCAUACUAAGAGAACCUUCACACUUAUCUCAUUACCCAGGUACUAGUGGUCCCAUGGCUUGGUAGCUAUUGCAUCUACAUCAGUAAUUUAUGUUUAUCAGGGGAUUGCCUAUGCUUGUUUUCCACUACUUCCCCUGCAAUGGAGAAGUUUGUCCAGUCCAAAAAAUCCCCUACCAAGACCCAUAACAAACAUUCCAAUUCCCUUGCAAAAUCAGUGGAAACUCCUCAAUAUGAGGCCUCAUUGGCUCCAUCGAGCCCUGCCACUUCUGAAACUCUCGUUACACCAGUUCCUUUAAAUCACAAUACAUCUUCUCUGGCAGGGGAUAUAGCUGCCCUUUUUUUGCCUAAGCUGGAGGCAAUUUUUUAUGUUGUACACCACACUAUUGGGGAUCUUGUCAGUAAGGUGAUGACUAACUCUACUAGGCUUUACGGUGUCAAAAACAGACAUAGUGACCUGGAAGAUUCUUCUACUCAUCUUCAUGCCGAACUUCAAAAACAAUCCGAACUCAUCUCACAACUUCAAGCUAAAGUGGAAAGCACAUUGCCACUUCCGAUAGAAAGUGCGCAUUGCCUGGAUCCUGAAAAAAGCUCACGUUGGGAAUUUACUCAACCAGGAUCUGCCUUUUAAACUACGCGAUUAAGAGGCUAGUCUUCAUGCAUUUUAGUGAAUAAAACCUAAAUAGUACAAAAGGAAAGCAGAACUUCUAUAGUGCAGUAAUGUUUACUGAAAAUAGUGCAAAGCAUAAUAGUAUAAACAUAAAGAUAUAAGAAUGUCAAAUUCAAGAUAACAUUUUUAAAAAAUAGCUUAAAGGGACACUAUAGUCACCAGAACAACUAAAGCUUAUUGCAUUUGUUCUGGUGAGUAGAAUCAUUCCCUUCAGGCUUUUUGCAGUAAACACUGAAAAUUCAGUAUUUACAUUACAGUCUAGUGAUAACUAGAUGGUUGCUAGAGCUGCUUCCUUGGGCAGUCCUGCCUAGUAUGCAACUCAACAUUCAGUGUCUCCACCGUCUGCAUGCAGACACUGAACUUUCCUCAUAGAGAUCAUUGAUUCAAUUCAUCUCUAUGAGGAGAUGCUGAUUGGCCAGGGCUGUGUUUGACUUGCACUUGGUCUGCCCCAGAUCAGCCAGUCCUAUGGGAAAGCAUUGUGAUUGGCUCAGACCACCACUUCUGAUGAUGUCAGAGAUCAGAUGCAGUUCAGAGGCAGAGACAGCAGCUCCAGACUUGAAUACAAGUAAGAUUUUGCUUUAUUUAGGUAAGAGGGAGCCAGGGGGCUAGAUGAUGGUUUUAACACUAUAGGAUCCUUUAAAAGCAACACAAAGGGGGAUAUCCCCCCAAUGUUGUGUACUCACAGAGAGCAAAUUAUCAAGGAUGUAGUAAAAUGUAACUUCUCAUAAAGUACUCCAUGCAUAUUAAAUAGGCUGGUAGAUGCAGUACUCUUCAGCUGCACGUCUCGCCGCAGAGUGGAUCCCGGUAUGGAGUCUCACAGGGGUCUGAAGAGAUCAGACUCGGUGAUCAUUAUGCUCCUAUGCGUUUCGUGAGUUUGUAGUCACUUCUUCAGAUAGCAUGAACAAUCACUGAUGUAGGAGUCUUUAUAUAAUAAUAUCUGUAAUCGGAGUGUGUUAAGUUCCUUAACCCCUUAAGGACACAUGACAUGUGGGACAUGUCAUGAUUCCCUUUUAUUCCAGAAGUUUGGUCCUUAAGGGGUUAAAGGGAUAUGGCAUGCUGUAAUGAUGGUCUGCAAAUAUAGAGCUUCAAAAAAGGAGCACUAAAUGGAAUAUUUUCUAAUAAAGUGUGAAAUGUAAACCUAUAUCUUUUUAAACACAUAGUGACAGAACCUAUCUAUUAUUACAUUCACACAUAUAACGGAAUAAAAAUCAUUCAAGAGAAUAAGAAAUAUUCUGCAUGUAAUGUAAAAGAAUUACAGCUGCUAAAAAAUGACAUAAGGAAAUUAAACGUAAGAAGAUAAGGAGAUGUUUAUCAAUGGAUCACUUAAUAUGUCUCAGUUGUUUCAUGGCUGCUCCAGUCAUCUUCUAAAGACUCCCUGCCAAUCUUGUUCUUAAAGUUGUGGUUUUUUUUUCUCCAUGUUGUUUAUUUUUAUGUUCUCUCCCACUGUUAAUCUUACCAACAUACUUCACAGCUUUUUGGCUAUCCUUUGGUUUUUAGUUAACUAGAAUUCUUUGUUUAUUCCAAAUUUUUGUCUGUUAAACAAAAUUAAGACAGACUUCAAUACAGUGACACACUUUUUAAAUGUUUCUUUUUUUAACGCAAAAUGUUAUUUCCAAACUUCUAGUGCUAUAUUUUUAUUCUACAACAACACUGCAGCUAUCUUGCAGAGUAAAUAUAUGUUCUGACAUUUAAAAGUCGUUUUUCCAGAAAUAUAAAUCAUCAGGAACCCACAAAAGAGAAACUGAGAAAUUAUCUAUAAAACAAAGAUCACAACGAUCUACUUCUGAAGGCUCGACAGGAGGUAAGCUAUGUAGCAUCAGCAUACAAAAUAUAUAUUUAUAUCAGUCAAUGAUUGUUGUGAUUAGUAAGUGUGGAAAAUCAAUUCAUAGCUAGAACAUGUUGUUUAACUGCUUAAGGACCGAACUUCUGGAAUAAAGGGGAAUCAUGACAUGUCACACAUGUCAUGUGUCCUUAAGGGGUUAAGGAAACUUUCCAAUCACCAUGCAGUUAAACAUAGAACACCACACCCUAGUGCUGAAGUCCAACUAAGUAACAUAGCCGUCAGUUUAAGAUUUUUAAAAUGAUUUACAUUUUUGGAUACUUUAAAAAAAAAAUAUUUUUCAAUAUAAUAAAAUAUUUAUAUAUAUAAUUUUUUUAAAAGUUUACAAAAAAAAAGAAAUAAUUUUUAAAGCUUAUCCAAAAAUAUAAAAUCAAGGCCAUAAUAGCCACUUCAAAUAUGUAUAUAUUACCAUUAAAUUGGGUAAUUGUAACAACCCCUGGAUGUUGGGCUAAGGUAACAUCCCCAGGACGUACUUGAAAACCAGAGUAAUCUGAAUGUACCUUUCCUGAUUAAAUACUUUGUUAUUAAUAUAUAUAUAUCUAUAGAGUUGGUUAAAUGACAUUCUACUUUAAAAAUGUGACACUAGGCUUUUAAGACCUAAGACAAGAAUAAUAUUCUUUCAGUUGAAGGACAUUCCACAAAAAUGGAGCAAAACAGUAUUGAAUGUGAGAAUUGUGAGUGAGAAUGCAACUAGAGGACACACAUAGGUUAUUGGCUGGGCAUAUUGGACAUCAUGGGCUGUACAUGCUAAUUAGUAAGAAUUCCCCAGCUGAACACAGUCAAUGAGCAUUAAAAUGCCAACUGUUAGUGAUGUAAAAGAUGAGCCUGGGAGCAUGCCUUAUGGACUCCAAGAGGAUGAUCUGUACAUGAAGAUGUCGAUUGCAGCAGACAAAAGGUGAUCAUUUUAUUAGUAUCUACCCUAAUAAUGAGAUGAACAUGCACUUAGUGUAAGGUGAAAGCAGCCAUAUUUAGUCAUUUAUACUAGAUCCAUCAGCUAUAGAGAGGACAUAGUAAAAAAUGCCAAGGCAAUCAGUUCAUGGAAGCAAUUUACACGGAGAGACUGACAAUAGGACAUCUACUGUUUUCUUGAUGGAUUCAAAACAAGAAAAUCCUGAGUUCCGGGAAGCAUGUAGUAGUCUCUUAAAUACUACAGUUUAGUGAUACAUUGUUACCAUAAUGUUCUCAAAGAGACAACUGCAUUAGAAAGAAGAAAUUGUGUACUAAAUAUUGUAUAGCUGAGACCUUUCUGCUCUAUUUAAUAAAAAUGAAAUUGCUUUUAAGUAGUAUUUACAGUGAGGUCAGCAUGUUGAUAGCGGACCCUUAUAGCAAUUGUAUCCGUAUAGAAAUAUAGUUGGUUGAACUUUAACCUACACAGCAUUUAACAAAUCUCGGUUUUAUGAAACUUGUUUAGAGUAUGCAUAUAUCUAUUUUGAUAUAGAUCAAUGUAUAGGUUGUUAAUUGACACAAAAAUAUUUUAGAACUAUUUAAUAUGCAAUUAAAUUUAAAACAAAUAUUUGAAAUGAUUUAUGAAUAAAAGCGUUUAAUAUAUCAAUAUAUAUGUUUGUAUUUAUAGCAUUUCAAUCCUUCCUGCAACUCAUCGCUGAUAGAAAAAGUAUAAUUGAAGAUGAAGGUAAUUUAAGAAAAUAUGGUUUUCAAGAAGGUUAUGCGAUAAUCUUUUCUGCACUAAAUAUAUUAGACUAUUUUAAUUAACUUCUUCACUAGCAACAACAUUUAUACAUGGGUAUGAUUUUGCUUUGUGCAGCAUUCUUAAAAAUACAUAUUUUUUUCCUCUUUUACAUUUGUGCGUACCAUAUAUUAUAAAACUGAUACUUGUCUCUCUACAACAUUUUUUUAUACUCCUUGGCGAACCACACUUAUGUUGUGUUCAGAUUUUACUUGUUCAUAUGGUUUAGGCUUGCAGUACUUCACAUCAAUUGCUAUUUGUCACCAUAUUGUUUGUCAUAAAAAGAAGGAAGAGCUCAGUUAAUGCUUACAUUUUACAAGUUAGCAUUUCUACUCAGUUUUGAAAUUACUGUUUUCAUGUCACUCAUGAAAAGAACUGAGCCUCUAAUAUCUUCCAGUGAAAGCAUAGUAGUUGUUGUAUUUAGAGUGUCCCUUUCAAUUGUACAUAAAAUAUAAAAAAUAACUAAAUAAUUAACUAACUGACAAAAAACAAAACAGUUGUCCACAGCAUUGCUUCAUGAGACAAUUUUGUCUUUUCUAUUUUAUUUAUUUAUAAAAUAUUUUACCACUAAGGAUACAUUGAGAUUUCUCUCUGUUUCAAGUAUGCCCUGGUUCCAAACACUGCAUUGUCACAAUAGGGUACAAUAUAAUAUUAAAUAUAGUAAAUAAUAUUAAUACACAAAACAUAUAUAAAUUUAACACAGAACAGGUAUGAAAUAUAAUCAUUACAGGUGCAUUCUGUAUUGAGAUAUGUUGAAUUUUAGACUGGAGGAAGAUUUAAUUGUGCUUUAUAGGAAAAUGAGGAUCAAGCCACUUUAUUUUUGUAUUGUGUUCUACUAAAUAAAGUGUUGGUCCUGGAUCGGAGGUUAUAGGAGGUGGGAAUGAGGAGGACAUUCUGCUCAGCUAGGUUGGGAGCUUCCCAGGAAAGCUCUUAAACACAAGGCUGGAAAGAUGAGGGGUGCGUCUGGAUUCCAGCAAUAGCUAGUUUAGUUCUUUUAAUACAUCACAAUGGUGGGUCAUGUAAUUACAUUGUGGCACAAAGCAGCAGAAUGAGUUAUACAAUGUAUUUAGUCUAUGAAAGUGGGCUUGCGAUGCAGGUGCAUACACUACAUCCUCUUGUCAGUGACUGGCAUUAGCAUUUGCUGAACAAUCUGUUUCCUAACUAUGGGUCCUAGGCAGGAUUUGAACUUCAAGCUAAAAGAGUAUGUGAAAUCAGCAAAUUGAUAUUUAAAGGAGCACACUAGACCCCUGAAACACUUCAGCUUGCCCUUCAGCCUUCAGCCUGUUACUUCCUGGGAGCUAUACUGAAGAGACAGACAAGUGCUUUGCAAAGAAUUCUCAUUGAGUUGCUUUGGGGGUCUGUGAUUGAACAGCUACAGAACGUCUUUAGAUAAGAGACCUGCAGUUUUUGUGAGCUGUUGUUAGCUAUACCCCAAUGGGAAAAAAAAAAGCUUAAUAAAUUGCAUGCAUGUUUUCAUAGGGGAUAUCUACUUGUUUGUUUGAGCAGCAGAGUGUCCCUUUAAAAUCUUCUUCAUAGAGUUAAAACAUUAUUUUCACAAAAUUAGCUUUUUUGGUAACAAGACAAUGUUCUUCUCUCUUUUAUUCUAGAUGAUUUAAGUAUCAUACCAUGGCUUCUUAGUUUUAAACAAGGCACAUCCUUGGAAAAGAAGAAAAAUGUAAUAUUAAUCAAGGAAGCUGGUUUCUUUUUCAUAUAUGGGCAGGUAAGAAAUAUGUUCCCUAGAUAUAUUUUGCAUGGAAAAUGGUGUAUGUAAAUGGUCUUGCAAAAGUCAAUGAAAGUAGUCGUUUUUAACUACAUAGCUUAUAGUGAAUUCAAAGUAGCUAACUUUAAUUGUUAUUGCAUAGUGUAGACACAUUCAAAGUAACAUCAUGGUUACAUAAACUAACGCCAUGGCUAUAUAGAUUCUUGAUUCUAGCGGCAAUGAAAUGCCUGCAUGAGGAAAUGCAUUUGUGGCGGACCGCCUGGCACCCCGACUGGGUGACUCCUCCAAUCGAUGCUUCCAAGUGAUCACCGAGUAUUCCGAGCACUCCACCAGACACCAUAACCACCAUAAACCCCACAGCCAGCGUUACAAUCUGGUUGGGGACUCGCUGUCUUUCACCCACCCUGGGCCUAAGACCAGGAUCCAGCUUCCAGUGGGUAGACCUCUCCUAAUCCAGAGAGUAAAACAGGCAACACUGUUGUAAUUCAAGGGAGUAUCAGAGUAUAGCAAUUCCCAGAGUGAAUACAGCUCUCCCCUCCACACAUGAGACAAGGCUCUAUGUUGAGGGUGAAGAGGAACUUGUUAAAUGGCAGCCACAACUGGCUUUGUAUGCAGGUCCCCAUGCAAGGGGUUUUCCAUAAUAUAUUCCAGGAGCAUUCCCCAGUGGACCUGAGAGGGGACUAUGACAAGGUGCACACUUUAAUUAUAUUGACUCUCAGGUCCAGGACACUCCCAUACAAAACAGGGUAAUCCCUCCCCUGUGCCUGAGAGAUAAUUGAGUCAGGAACUGUACCAAAAUCAAUUAUCUCCAGGCACAGAAAACAUACAUUUUAACAGUAUCCCGAAAGUACCUCCAAAACACAUGGAAACCCCACAAUAGUCACAUCCCCUGAUACCCCUGAUCUGGGUGACCAAUAUAUCCAAAAAUCACCCAGAUCGGUUCAGGGGUUCAGGUUUUCCAUGGAAGUCAUAAUUUAACCGACCACACAAAAGACUCCGGCCCAAAAGAGUUCCAUGAAAUUGGGCUGUGCGGUUGGUCACAUUCGGGAGCACGAAGUACAAUAAAAGCAGGAAUGCAACUGGUUCGGAUGUACACUUAGACUGUGUCCCUUGUUCCGGAGUGUGUUCCCACCGAAUGCCGCUCUUCUCAGACGAAUAUAACCGAACUUAACUGGAGGUGGAAGUCCCAGUGGUGUUCAUGCCGUCGAGUGCCCGAUUAUUGUUCCAUACACUUGACGACCAAACACCGUUGUUCGAGUUUGCGGCUAAAGAUAGCUGCCACGUGUUUGUUCAUAUGAACGACGACCACCCAUCCGACCGUAUUUGAAGGUUGCGGUUUCGAAGUGUUAGUGAGGUCAAAAGGGUCAGUUGGCAGCACACGACUGUAAUUGACAAUAAAUCUGCCCACUGGAUUGAACUUGAGUGCCUGGACCAUCAUUACUUUUUUGCAAAUAUUUAAUAAUAUUUGUAUGUUCUAUGGCAAUAUUUGCUUUUGUAAACCAUUGCAUUGUGUCCCAUGGUAAAUCACGGAUUUGUUUAGUGAACAAUUAUUCUAAUUUAAUUUGCACAGUCUACAUAGUCUAGAACAGGGGUGUCCAACAGGUAAAUCCCCAGAUGUUUUAAAUCUACACCUUCCAUGAUGCUUUGUCAUCAUAAAGGCAUGCAAAACAUCAUGGGAAUUAUAGUUCUACAACAUCUAUUGGGCAUCCCUGGUCUAGAAGAUUUGGAUAGUGCUUUGGUAACCACGACCAAGAAAGGUCACUUGUUAGAGAAGUUAAGUUCACAAGUUACUCCAGCUUAUGCCAAGCAGAUAUUAUGCAAAAAAAAUGGGUGAUGAAAAUUGUGUCAUAUUUUAAGAUUCUUUAAACAGCUAAAUUGCAAAAUUUACAAGUUUAAUCCCUUUAUAAAUUUGUCCAACAAGGCUUUUUGUUUAACCUACAUUUUACAGCAUAGUUGUGAACUUACCAUUGUUUUCUGAUUAAACAUUCCUUGUACAUAUUCUGUUAACAUAUUUCCAUUAAAGGGACACUGUAGUCACUAUAAACAUUUCAUCUCUUUGAAUUGGUUACAGUGCCUGGAGUACCCUGGCACUGUCCCUCCAUUCAGUGUUGCACCAUAUUUGUGCAGUAUGCCACAAAAUAAGAGUCCCUGGCCACCCACAAUCCGGCCCCUUCUGUACGUGUAGCUAAGGCAGAGAUUACACACUUCCUUGUUGUCAUACCCAUUCAUACCGUCAGUUGGAGAUCUGACAGGCUAAAAGCAGUCAGCUGACACUCUCAGCCAAUCACAGCUGCCCAUUGCUGCUCAAGAUAAUACUUCCUUAUUAGCCAAAGCAGCACUGAGGGGAUGGACUGCCGAGGACUCUUGUUUAGCAUUAAAACCUUAAAACAUUAAAAACUGUUUAAUAUUAAAAGAAAUGGUGUUACCAGGGGACUCCUGACACUAUAACCAGUUUAAUAAAAUGAAGCAGAUACAGUGCCUACGGUGUCCCAGAACCCAGAGUGUUUUGUUUUGAUGCAAUUUGACCAUCAUCUGGAAUGUGAAGUUACAAUGAUUGCAAAUACCACACUUAGAUUUACUAAAUAUGAUAUAUUUGUUUUUAAAUAUCAAUUUUCUCUAAAAAUGUUUAUGUUUUCCAGGUUUGGUAUUUUGAUAAAUUGUUUGCCAUGGGUCAUCUAAUCCAAAGGAAAAAGGCUAACAGAGUUGGGAAUGAUCCCAAUUUGAUUACAUUGUUUAGGUGUAUCCAAAAUAUGCCAGAGUCCUUGCCAAAUAAUUCAUGUUUUACUGCUGGUAAGAAUACAUAUAACAAUUUCCUCAAAUUCCUAAAGGAACACCCCAGGCACCAUAACUACUUCAUCCAUAUUCAAUUGUUAUGGUGCCAGGAAGACCGCAGACGCACUCUUACCUGAAGGGGUUAAACAAUUUGAGAUUUUAACCCCUUGAGGUAAGAAUGACUCCGGGGGCCUCCUGGCACCAUAACAAGUUCAUUUAGUUGAAGUUGUUAUGGUGCCCAAAAACAAUAAUGUGUAAGACAAAAAUUAACAAACAUUCUUUGAUGCCAAAAUUAGAUAAAAUACAAACAACCAUCACACCAAAACAAGCUAAUCUAUUUAAGUAGAUAUUAGCUCUUUAACAACACAGUUCCAAGUUUUGCUAUGCACAAAAAAAGUAUCCUUGUGUUGUCUUGUUAUACCAUUCAUGAAUACAUAUCUCAGUAUUUAUUAUCAUUAAAAUAUAGAAAAAGUAAAAAAAUCACAGUUUUGUUAUGAUUUUCUUUAUUAUAAUUUGUACAAAGCUAGAGGAGCUAUAGAACAACGUCUUAGAAUAACUACAUUUUAUUUGUCACAAUUUAGAUGUCUAGGAUGUUCAUCUGUAUGUGGCACGGGAGUGCUUAAAUGCUAGAACUUUUCAAACUUUUAUAUGCAUGGCCUGUAAUUUUAGUAGCAGUAAAUGAAACCAAAAGUGCAAUACACAAGAAGUAUAUAUUUUGGAAUAGUAGACACCAAACAGGAUUUAUCACUUGGCAUUUUGACAUUUGUAAUACAUCAAUUUAAUAAUCUGUUAAAUCAUCUUGUAGUAUGUUAUGUUUUUAUGUUCUCACACAUAUUUCACAAACCCUGAGUACAGCAAUAUCUUCCAUGUACACGUUUGGGUUUAACUUAAAAAAGCAGUUUGGAUGUAUAGAUCACAUGUACCUGUCUCUUGCUCUCUCCUAAAGGGCAGCACUCUACUCUUUCCUAUAGCUCUGCUUUACUCCCACCUUAUUUGAUUGCUAUUUCCUUAUGUCCUUAUGUGUUUUAUACCCCACAUCUUAUAGACUGUAAGCUCGUUUGAGCAGGGUCCUCUUCAACCUAUCGUUCCUCUAAGAUUUACUGUAAUUGUCCUAUUUAUAGAUUAAUUCCCCCCUCUUAUAAUAUUGUAAAGCUCUAUGGAAUCUGUUGGCACUAUAUAAAUGGCAGUAAUAAUAUUAAGAAUAAGUCACAUGCAGGAAGGUAUGACUACAGCUGUAUAAAAAAAGUGAUUUAACUCCUAAAUGGCAUAAUUGAGCAAUGUGACUGCUGCGAUCUAUACACCAAAACUGCUGGCUAAAGUUGUUUUGGUACCUAAAGCCUAAACCCUGGUGGUAAUAACCCUAACCCCUCACAACCCUAAUUCUAACACUAUUCAACCCUAACAUAACCCUAGACCUAUACCAUUUCCAACCCCGCAACAACCAUAUUCCAAACCAUAACCAAACACCAACUGUACACCAACACUAAUCCUACAUUAACCCUAAUCCAACCUAGCUCAAGGGUCAGCAGUCGAUGGCACUGCAGAUGUUGUGGACUACAUUCCCAAUAAUGCUGUUUCAGCCAUAAUGCUAGCAAGGCAUCAUGGGAGAUGUAGUCCACAACAUCUAGAAUGCAGAAGAUUGCUCUAUACUAAACCUAACCUUACACCAUUCUAACACAAUCCUAAACUUUACACUAAGCCUUACACUGCAUCAAUCCUAAUCUUACAUUAUUUCUAACAUCACUGAGCCAAACCCUAACCUAUCACCUAUCCUAAACCUACACCACCCAUACCCAAUCCUAACCCUAAACCAAUCCUAAUCUCAACCCUUCACAAACUUUAUGCCUGAUGUCAGCUGAGGGGUUUCCCCUAGUUACACAGUACAAACAGCUCUCCCUCUCUGAUUAUAACAAAUAGGAAUGAUGUUAUUUUUUGCCCUUAAUAUCAGAUCAGAACACAGUGAUCUGCACUAAGCAGGGAGUCUUGAUAGGGGUCUUUUGAGACCCAGUAGGUCUCCCAUUCCUCAAGGGAAUCUACUGGUGAUGUAAUUUAACUACAUUCAACCACCAUGAUUUUAAAGACUGCGUGCAGCACUCAAUUUUUAUGCUAAAUCCAGCUAUUCACUCACUAUAUAGCCAAUAAAUCUAGCCAAAGCUGACAGAGGGGUCAGCAUCAAGUAAUAUAUGUAUGACACGCUGGAAAAUUACAGUUAAUUCUGUGUAUAAACUGUACAUUAUCCAAAAACAAAGCAUACUGUGUCAUUUAUUAAAAUUGUAUUUAAGGAUUAAAGGACAACUGUCAACUCAAAUCUAUUUUUAAUAUAAUAGUCAUGUCCUCAAGUUUAGAAAGGAAAUAGAUUUUUUGAGCUAUAUACAUGCACCUUUGGUCAGACAGUAUUUAAAAAAUGACAGUCUCUAUAGUCUUCCCUGCUUUACUACCUGCAAAUAAGCACAGAACACCAUCAAGAUUAACAGUUUUAUUUUUUCAAAUUCCAUCUGACCCAAGGUGUAUGUAUAUGGCUGAAGUAGGGGUGAGUUUUUUAAAUUUUUUACGUAUACUCUAUUUAAAAACAAAUGUAUUUCUAUUCAAAACUUGCCAGCAUGAUUAUUAUCAUAAAACAUAGUUCCGGGGCAUCAAUUGUCCUUUAAUUAUGGAACUUCUGAGGACAAUUGGUUACACUAUAACACAUUUACUAGGGUCACAGUAAGAUUUUACAUUUUAUGGAAUUUAGACUUCUUAGAUUUUUGAUCUGAACAGUAUGUAACUCAACCCAAAAUACAUACAAACAACAUAUUAAUUUGAAAUUACAGAUUCUCCAAACACAAUUAUGAUCCCAGCUAUAACUAGCUAAAAUAAAAAAAAAAAUUGCCUACGUUUUCACAAUCUGGAAAAAUAUUGUUAAUAAAUAAAUUGCAUUGUGUUAAUAGCUAAAAUGAAAUUAGUGCAUCGGAUAUUCACUGUGAUACUAAUCAUUUACCUUUAUUCUCUAAUGUAUAGAUUUUGGUAAAAUAAUAUUUUGUGAAAAAUGGUAUUUCAAAAGUCAAUUCCCAUGGCAAUGGAAAAUAUGCGUGUGCUUCAACAAGACUAAAUGAGCCAGCUUCUGUGAAUGUGUUUAUAACAGAUUUUAUUAUAGCUUUAUCAUGGUUCAUGCUCAACUCAUUUCGAGUUUAACUAUCAAUGUCAUGUUUCUGGGUUACAGGAAUCGCAAAAUUGGAAGAAGGUGAUGAACUCCAACUCAUUAUACCACGGAGGAAAGCAAAUAUCUCAUUAAGUGGAGAUGGGACCUUUUUUGGAGCAAUACGGCUUUUGUGACAUUCAAGUAUCACACAUAAAUCUCAUUGUUUGUCUUUUUCAUUUUCCCAAAUUAAUGUGCAGCAAAAUGCAUUUGAUAUAUUUCUAGUCAAGUAAACUAUAAUUAAAAUAGGAAUAAGCUAGCAUAGUAAUAAUUAUUGAAAAUGUAUUUUGCGAAAUCUGGUAACAAUAUAAAUAAUAUAAGCCUAAUUAUGAUAUACAUUGUUGCAUAAUAUGUGUUGUGGUUAUGCCAUUUCUUUGUCUGAUUGAUUUUUUAAUCAGGCAGUAAAACACUCUGUUGUUUUGCUAUUUAACGGUGGCAGUAUGGUUUUUAUUCCCCUUAUUUGAUAGCCUUGAAGCAAGCAUGUUAAACUGAAAGGCUAACACGAGCCAAAUAAACAAGGUUUAAGUUUAUGUGAGCCGCAAAAAAGCAAAAACUUCAGUUUUCAUAAAAAUAUAGGUUUAUUUUGAAAAGUACAGCUUAACCCCUUAAGGACUGGACUGUUUUUACGAUGUUGUACAUUUGCGACCAGGCAUAUUUUUACACUUUUGUGGUGUUUGUGUUUGGCUUUUUUUUUUUUCGCUUUCUCAUUUACUGUUCCCAUACAAAUUAUAUAUUGUUUUUUUCAGGACAAAAGGGGCUUUCUUUACAUACC